AUGCCCUCUUUUGCGCCUCCAAGGAGGCCGCAGGUAACAUAUGGCUUCCUGCAGGGGAUGCGGAAAGCGGAGUCACAUCCUAUCACGUCUGCUCAAGAUGUCGUCGACGAUGUGAAGAAGCUGAAAAUUGACUUUCAGGACAGUGCAUCUUACGGACCGUUCAGAGAUAAGCAUCUGAAGCGUCUUGAAAGGGGCCAAACGACGGGGAGUAGUACCUAUGGUGGUGGAAGAGCUGAGGAUGAAGUGCUGCACAUCAUAGCCAAAGACACGGACGGCCGAGAGUUUCAUCAUUAUGCAGAUUUCACGGCUUGGGCGAUCAAGAAUUACCGGCCUUUAUUGCAAUGCAGAGACGCGGGGGGUUAUCAGCCUCUUCACCUGGCACUGAUGAAUCAGAACCACGCUUUCGUCUUUAUGGUGCUGGAACGGGCUAGCGAAGUACGGGCUCUGCUUGAGGACUACUCCAUGGUGGCCCUGACCUGUCUCCAUCGGGCCAUCUGGCACAGGAGCCCAUUCACCGAGGCCAUCCUUGACAAGGUUAUGGAAACAGGCGACACAGAAAGGCGCAACCAACACAGUUCGAUCAACGACAAUAAGAAUGCAUCUAGUAGCGACGGCGGCAUCAAUCCGCUUGACGAUAUCUUUACUGCUUGUUCCACAGAUCAUAUCAGGGAUGCCCAGAGAGGGUGUCCAGGCAUGACACCGCUCCAUUUCGCCGCCACAUCUUGGCUCCCAACUCCAGACGACGACGAAGAGUACGACCGAUGUCAAGCUGCUCUGCGAGAACAAAAACGAUCUGUAGUAAAUAGAGUUGAAUCCCCAUCGCAAAUCAGUGAGGUAGAGGCCAAAAACUCGACUCCACCGCAUGUGACACGGGUGAAGCGCGAUAGCCUUAUCGUGACCUGUCCGGUCAUGGAAGCGGACAAAUUCUUCAAGACAGGCGUCCGCAAACUCGACAUCCUCGACGACGCUUCCGAUCCGCACGUCAAACGCUUCCGCGAAGCGGUCGGCAAUCUCCUUGGUGCUGCGACGACGAAGGAGCAACCGAGAACGCUUCCGAAUCGACCAAAACGCUUCGAUCUGUUGGCUAUCGUAAAAAAGUUGAUCAAGGCCAGACCUGAUGUUCUACUGAAGAAGCAUGAAGAGGGAAGCACCCCGUUUCAGGCCCGCCUGGAUGCCUACCAAGAGCAAGAUGCGGACGUGGUGGAAAGCGAGCUCACCAACGGAGACCCUAUGACGGAGAGGAAUGAUGUGAGUGGACUCAGGGAUGACAAGGAGCGUCAAGACAAAAUCGUCAAGGACCCUGUGUUGCAUUAUAUGCGAGAAUACAUCGUGAGCAACUAUGGCCGUCGAGACGCGAUGAAGGCUUUGUAUAGGCCAGGUGAAGAGCGAGUCCUCGAAUUCAAUCUUGUCGGCUUGCCUCAUCCCAGUGUGGACUCGGAUUUUCUGGACGGGUUGGGAAACGUUCUACGGUUCGAAGGCCUACUCAAGGAAGUUGCCAUUCCGCGGCUUAUUGUUAAAAACGACGAGGAGGUGGACCUACCGGAGGAUAAAACGGACUCGAAGGAACCGGGAAAGAAUGGAGAACCCCAGGCGGUCGACAAAAUAAAGGGAAAGGGUCGGACCGAUAUGUACUCGAUCUUUAAGUGGCUCAGAGAGAACCAUGUAGGGUCUAUCCUGAAGGUGACAGUGGUAGAUGACUUGGAACCAUGUCACUCUGAUCAAGCGAUUGAGGCAUGCAUGGCUGGCUUCGACGUCCGUGUGUGGAACUGGUACAAGGUCGAUUUGUCUUGCCAAGUUAUCUUGAAUUCUGCGAGAAACGUGACAAAUGUCACGUUAUACUCCUCAGGAAAUAAUGCUGUCUUGAUGGGGUGGUCCAGUUCAUCCGGGCUUGCUAUGCUUCCGAAACUAAAAGUCGUUCAUAUCAAUGUCCAAGAGGGGCUGGAAAGACCGAAGCGGCUGCAGGCCUAUAUGAAGACGUUCGGGGAAGAACUGAAAAAACAAAAACCCGACGUUGUGUUUACAUGGAAGCGUCACACCCCCAGCCAGAAUUAUGACGACGUGUUCGCUAAGCAGGGGACCGAGAGAAUAACCGAAUCCAAGUGGUGGAAAUCUGUGGAGGAGUUCGGUGCGUUUCUCGAGCAAGCCCAACCAAGUCAUCCCGUUGAUCCCAUAAAAAUUGCUAUCAUUGAUGACGGGAUCAAUACAGCACUGGACAUUUUCUCCGGCAGAAUUCAAGGUGGGGAAUCAUUCGCACCUCUGAGCGAGUUUUCUGGACGCGCUGGAGCUUAUUACGUACCGUCGGGGCCUCACGGAACGUUGAUGGCGCAGCUCAUCUGUAAAGUCUGCCCAGUCGUCAAGCUUUACAUUGCUCAACUCGAAGUGUUACCUGGACAGAACGGUCGGAGGUCUUUCACUCCAGAGUCGGCGACGGAGGCAAUCGAGUGGGCCAUUGAGCGAAAUGUCGAUAUUAUCUCCAUGAGUUGGUCCAUUCGCUCUGAUGACCGUCAACACAAGGGCUUGGAUGAAGCUCUCCAAGACGCCGCCAAUCAGGGCAUCAGCAUGUUCUGUUCUUCCAUUGACGAAGGUCCCACUGCGCCUGACAACACCUAUCCAGGCAAAAACACGAGUUGCAUCAAGAUCGGGGCCGCAACUGCAACCGGUACUGUACUAUCCUGGGUUUCAGAGAGCAAGAGUGACUUCCUCUUGCCUGGAGAAUCUCCGCAGCUCACUCCUGAAACAAAGCUGUGGGGAAAACUAGAGGCGGGUUUGUCCGGAAGCUCGAUCGCCACAGCUGUGGCAGCGGGGAUAGCAGGAGUGUUGAUCUAUUGCGAGAGGUUGCUUGCUCCGCGUGAUCCCCGCGGCCCAGAUCCGCUUAGAGCUUCCAACAACAUGAAAAAUGCCUUCAAGAAUCUGUCCAAGAAUGACAGGAAGUUCGUACCCAUCUGGCGAUAUCUUCCUAAGCUCUCAGAUCAAGAGCAGUUGGUGUUGGACGAGAAGUAUAAUCCUGACAAGACCAAUGAGACGAGAGAGAAACUGAAAGCUUUCAUUGACUCACUCUACCAGGCUGUCUAG